GACAACCAUCAGGCUAUUUCUAGCCGUUGCAGCAUCCCAGAACUGGCACAUUCGGCAAUUGGAUGUCACAACGCAUUCCUACAUGGAGACUUAGACCAGGAAGUUUAUAUGAAACUGCCACCUGGUUAUGUUCCUCCAUCUGGUCUCAAAAACCCAGUUUGCAGACUUAAGAAAUCUAUCUAUGGUCUCAAGCAGGCAACCAGACAAUGGUUCACCAAGCUUGCUGACAAAUUGCACUCACAAGGAUACACUGCAAGCAAGGUAGAUCAUUCUCUUUUCUACAAACAAUCUGGUACUUCCUACACAUGUAUCCUGGUCUAUGUUGACGAUUUAGUCAUUGGAGGAAAUGACAUCGCAGAAAUUGAACAUUUAAAGUCAUUUCUACAUCAAACAUUCAGCAUCAAGGAUAUGGGGGCUCUAAAAUUUUUCCUGGGCAUAGAGGUAGCAAGAAGCAAAAAGGGCAUUCACAUUUCUCAAAGGAAGUAUACAUUAGAAAUUCUGGAAGAGGCAGACCUCCUCAAUUUCAAAUCUGCCACUACCCCUAUGGAUUACAAGCUUCAUCUCUCAGCAGACCACACUGAUCCCUUUCCUAAUCCAGAAGCCUACAGGAGAUAGGUUGGCAAACUAAUCUAUCUCACAACUACCCGCCCAGACAUCAGUUAUGCAACACAGCAAGUCAGCCAAUACAUGUCCAACCCAAGUAAUUCUCAUUACAAAGCAGUGAUAAGGAUCCCGCAUUACCUCAGGUCUGCUCCUACAAGUGGAUUGUUCUUCCCAGCCAAUUCCAAUCUUCACCUGAAGGCCUUCAGUGACUCAGACUGGGCUGCCUGUGUCGACACCAGACACUAAGUAACUGGAUACUAUGUCUACUUGGGUGAUUCUCUAGUCUCGUGGAAGUGCAAAAAGCAAACAACCAUCUCCCGCUCUUCCUGCGAAGCAGAGUAUCGCGCAUUGGCAUUCACGACUUGUGAGGUACAUUGGCUCCUUUAUCUUCUCAAUGACUUUCAGAUUCCACAUCCACAGCCUGCAACCAUCUACUGUGACAACCAAUCGGCGAUUUACAUCGCUGAGAAUCCCACAUUCUACGAACGGACGAAGCAUAUCGAACUUGAUUGCCACUUCGUCCGUGAGAAACUGCUCUCUAAAACCAUCAAGAUUCUUCAUGUGUCCUCUGUCCACCAGCUCGCUGAUCUAUUCACGAAGCCGUUUUUCACCAAAGCUAUUUAAAUCCUCAACGGUCGACAACGGAGCAGAGUCGUCUUCAAAGGGGAAGGAGAUGACCCAAAGCGUCGUCGUUCCAUCAUCAACAGAGUUAAAGAAACAUUCUUGGAGCGAUGUCGUUUCUGGCAAAGUGCCAAUCAAUACCUGAUCUUUAUGUUUCAACAUUUUACCCUUUUAAGCCUGUACUUUCUUUUUCCCUACGUUUUGUCUUCUUUCUUGAAUUGUAAGCAACAACUGAACCUUGUACUGUUUUACCCAGCUAUAUAAGCUAGAGAGUGAAAUGAGAACACUCAGGUGAUUAGGGUUUUUCCAAUCUGAAACGUUGUUAUUAGAUCAUCGUUGUUUAUUAACAUAUAAUUGAGCAAAAUCAAAUCAAUUGGAAACAUUAAAGUUCUACUGGAAUGAAAUUUGUGAAACUUGGUUCAAAACUUUAAUUUUUCUUCUUCACAGGACAGAAAUGGUUACCUAUCUAACCGAGAUGAAAAACUUGGAAGAUAAUUCGCGUAAAUGCUACCAAGAGUCCGUAGCAUUGGAUUAAGACGCUUUUGUCACGAUGAUGUUAUUAGACGGCUGCUUUCUCGUCCAACUAAUGUGCAAAUACGAUCGAAUUAUUCAGAGACGAUUAGGGAACGAUGAAAUCGACUAUAUCUUUGGUGACGAAGAGAGAUUGUUCAAGGUGAUACGAGAUAUAGUUUUGCUAGAGAAUCAGUUGCCGUUCUUUGUUCUUCAGAAAAUCUUCGACAUGACCAACUCUGGAAAAGACGGGAAAAACUUGGUCACAAUGAUGUCCUUCAUGAUCAGGCAUGCCUUUGGGCGUUUGAACUUCAUCCCUAGGAGGCUGUCUAGUUCUAUCGAAACAUACUCCCAUGUGUUAGGAUUAGCCCACUGUAAUUGGUUAACCCAUAAACCAAACGAUUUGGUUAACCGAGAUACAGUGAGGAACAACAAUGCCUUGUACAAGUGGAUACCGUGUGCCACCAGACUGAAGGAAUUCGGAGUAGCCUUCGAAAGGAUGGAAGAAACAAACUUGUUCGAUGCAAAGUACAAAGGUGGAGUGUUGAGAAUGCCAGGCUUGAUCAUAAAUGAUGACUCGGAGACCUUACUCAGGAAUUUGAUGGCGUACGAGAAGUUGAGAUUACCCGAGGAGGGUUUGAAAUACGCUAGCGAGUACAUUCUGCUUUUGAGCUGCCUUGUGAAUUCUGAGGAGGACGUUAAGUUAUUGAGCAGAUGUGGGAUCCUUGUGAAUAAAUUGGACAAAACAAAGGACAAAGUUGUUCUAAGACUGAUCCGACGUCUCGAGCACUCAAAUUCUUGCGCGCAGGUGUGUUUCUACUCCAACAUAUUUGAAGAAAUCAACCAACGAAUCCAAAACAGACGGCACAGGUGGAUGCGGGCAAUCAGGAAAAACGUGUUCAAAGAUCCUUGGCACGUGAUUGCCUUUAUGGUUGGCGUUUUGCUUUUCAUGAUGCAAGUUUUUCAGCUUGUCCUGCUUCCCGUUUGGCUUGGCUUCUCAAAAUGAGAAUAGGAACAGAGAAAGACAGUGACUUCUUCACUGCUGGCGUUUCUCCUCCUAUGGCGGUGGCAGGCCUUUGGUUUGGUGAGUCAAUUACCUCAACUCUCAAAUUUUUGGGUUGUAGUAGCUGCUUUCAUUCAUCUCUAUGUCAAUCCAAAUAUGUAAUUAGCUCUAUUGAUAUCACGCAAGCUUUUUUCAUGCAUAGACAUUCUUUUUAUCGAUUCCUUCCUGGGUGUUCCUUUAGAUUCUUCUCUAGGAGGUUUGAUGUAGGGAAUAAUCUCACUAUUAAGGUCCAUGAUUCUCCUGCUACCUAUAAUCAUGCGGUUUUGAGUUCUGCAUUGCUUAACUAGCUAUUGGACUAGAGGUCUCUGUUUCCCCUACAUCUAGAGGCUUAACUAGCACUGCAUUCUUUGAAAUAGUGAGUUAAGUUAUGUUUAAUCUCAAAGAUGAGAUGCCUGAUCCUCGAACUAAUCGAACCAAAACCAAUACAUGUAUUUGCAUGCCUUUUUGACAGCCUUAAAAUGUAGCUCGCUCUCUCUAUUGUUUGUUGAUCUUCUUGGAUCGGACUAACUCUCUAACAUAUGACAUGGAUUCUGAUUUCACUUCAUUCUACAGGAGUAUUCACUCACAGGAGUGAUGGUUCUUGCUAGGUCGUCCUAUGUUUCGAACAGAUUGUUAUGAGUUGGGAUGGUGUGUCAUAGAUAGUCAUGUGUUACAAGCUGAGUACUGAGCUGCAUGACUGAAUAUGCAAUGUUGAAUAUAUCGAUGCGAUGGGAGGAGUCUGUACAGCAGAUGCCAAGUGGUAUAACGAGGUGGUGGAUCCGUUUAUUUUGGAGUUGUUGGAUCGAUUAGUGUAAUGUAAGCGCAGGGUCUGCUGGAUCAAAUGACCUUUCUCGGUCAUGCGUAGGUGGUUAUUAAUAUAUGAGAUGGGAUGUGAGGGGAGCUACUUUGCUGGUGGAGAUUGUUACUAUGUUGGAUUUGUCACUUAAUCAUCAGCUGGUUUUUAUUGAUGGUAUAGGUAAGGAUAGCCAAUUCAAUGAGUUGUAAACCUUUUCAUUUGUCACAUCUAUUCACAAGGUUCGACUCUUGAUGGCCUAGAAAUUUGACUAUCUAACUCCCUUGCAUAUACAGCAACGUUCAUCACUUGCAUUUUGUUCUCAGCGGUCGGAUCCUGGAGGCUUGCUCUUGAUGUUUUCCCUCAAUGGUACUGUUUGUCGGUCCCUGUCUUAUAUUUGUGAAGAUCAUGAAUAAUUUCAUUGAUACAGAAGCUUGAAACUUAUGCCAUUGCUGGUGGCAUUGCAGAACAAGUGAUUUCAUCAAUCAGUAUACUCUUUAUGUAGCCGAACGUCAAACACUGGAGAAGUUCAGCAAUGCACUUUCAGAAGACCUUGGCAUUGGACAUAAAGCAAAGUCUUGCCAAGGGUAUUAUGAUGGGGUGUGUUGAAAUUGUUUUACUUGGAUUGGGCUUUUUGAGGCUUGGCUUGUUGCUUAUCUGGCGACUGAAAAGUGACAAAAGGGUAGCUCCUUUUUUGUGGCUUCAUUGCAGGAAUGUGAGUUAUCGGUUAUCUUUGAUUUGAUUGCAUUUUGUUGGAUGAUCUAGUCAGUUAUUUCAGUUGUCAGAUUUGGGAUUCAUUUCCUUCAUUUGCGACCCUGCAGGAGUAUAGUGAGUGUAUUGUCAAAUCUAGCAGCCGCUACUGAAGCAACUGAUGCUGCUACUCGUAUUCUUGAAUUGGUUGAUAGAUCUCCUCAGACUCAGAAGACAAAAAAGGGCAAGGUUUGUCUCAUCUAAGAUGCGCAUGAUUUCAUUGUUAUGCUACCCGAUUGAUAUGGCACCCAGGUGAGCCCAUUUGUACUGAAAACUCUUCCAAGAACAUGCAUAUCUCUGUGUUCUAGAUUUUUUUUCUUCUUUUGAUUUCUCAGGUUGCCAUAGCAAGAGCCCUUAUCAGAAAACCGAAAAUAUUGCUGCUUGAUGAAGCAUUCAGUGCUUUUGACACAGAAUCUGAAGGAAUGGUGCAGUUGCAGUUGAUCAGGCAACCAUAGGCUGGAUAAUAAUCACUGUUGCUCUCCAAUGUCGACUUUUUCAAGUCCUACUACAUCUACAUCCAGCGGCACUCCAUAUUCCUAUUCUCUACAGUAUGAUAUUUCAAAGGCUUUGAAAACUAUUACCCUGCAGCGCUGCUCCUUCUCUCAUGGAGGUUGCUGGAGAUGAAUGCUCCGGAAUGGCGUUCUGACUUGAUUGGAUGUUUGGCAGCAAUAGUCGAGGAUCAUCCCAAUCAAUAAAUGCUUAUUCUGUGGGAUUACUCGUGUCAACCUUGUUUGGCACAGACAAAGUUGCUAUAAAGCCCAAGUGCACAACCUUGUACCUCAUUUUCCUAAGCCUUGCUACAGUCAACUUCACCACUAGUCUCCUCCAGCACCUUAGUUUUGUUGUGAUGGGUGAAAACUUGAUGUGUGUUCGAAAUAGUUAUGUGCUGUAAGCUUAGUACUGAGAUGCAUUACUUCAAAUGCAAUGCUGAAUUUAUAGAUGCUAUGGGAGUAGUCUGUACAAAAGGUGCGAAGUGGUACAAUGGGCUGGUGGAUACAUUUAUUUUGGAGCUGUUGGAUUGCAUAGUGGAAUGUAAGCGAAGGGAUCUGCUGCAUCAGGUGAUCUUUCUCGGUCAUGCAUAGGUUGUUAAUGUAUGGGAUGCGGGGGAGCUACUUUGCUGGUGGAGUUUGUUACUAUGUUGGAUUGUCACUUACUCAUCAGCUGGCUUUUAUUGGUCGUAUAGGUAAGGACAGCCUAUAAGUCGUCAAACUUUUCAUUUGUCGCCUUAUCUAUUCACAAGGUUCCACUUUAUUUCUUGAUGACCUAGCAAUUUGACUAUCCAACUCCCUUGCAUAUGCAGAAACAUUCAUCGCUUGCAUUGUGGUCUCGCUCAUCGUAUCUUGGAGGCUUGCUAUUGCUUCUCUUCCCUUAAUGGUGUUGUUUGCCGGUCCCUGUCUUAUGUUUGGGAAGAUCAUGACUGAUUUCACUGAUACAGAAGCUUGAAACGUAUGCCAUUUCCGGUGGCAUUGCAGAACAAGCAAUAUCUACAAUCAGAACUGUAUACUCUUGUGUAGCAGAACGUCAAACACUGGAGAAGUUCAGCAAUGCCCUUCAGAAGACCCUGGAAUUGGGCAUUAAGCAAGACCUUGCCAAGAGGAUUAUGAUGAGGUGCAUUGGAAUUUCUUACUUGGGAUGGCCUGUUGAGGCUUGGUUUGAUGCUUAUCUGGCGACUUAAAAUGUACAAAAGGAUGGCUCCUUUGUUGUGCCUCAGUGAAUGUCAUCAUUGCAGGAAUGUGAGUUAUCGGUUAUCUUUAGUUUGAUUGCAUUUCGAGUCCAUGAUUUCGGUUGUCAGCUUUGGGAUUCAUUUCAUUCAUCUGUGACCCUGCAGGAGUAUAAUGAUUUUUUGCCUAAUCUAGCAUUACAGAAGCAAGUGCAGCUGUGAUUAACCACAGAACCAUAACUUUCUUUUAAUCCCAGAAGAGAAUUCUUGGCCUCUUCAAGUCCACCCUUGAGAGGACCUAAAGAGGAGAGUUUUAGACAUUCUUAUUUUUCAGACAAUUGGCUCUCAAUUCGUCAAUAAGGCCUCAAUUGCUUUACGUUAGUGGUAUGUUGGGAGGCUUCUGACAGAGUGGCUGAUCGUAGCCAACAGCUCUUCUUCCAAUCAUAUCUUGCAGUUGUCUUCUCUGCUUAUGUAAUUGCAGAAUCUGGAAGUAUGACCAGUGACAUAUCUUAGGCUGGACUGCAGUUCAUGCUGUGUACAAGAUCAUGGACAGGAACAGUCAAAGAGCUCCCAGAAAUCGUCCUCUAAAAAGGAGUUCAAAGACUUCUUCUUCGAGUAUCCAACACGACCCGACUCGAUAAUAUUGAAGGGCCUCUACCUGAAGAUUGAACCAGGAAAGACCAUAGCACUUGUUUGGCCAAGUGGGUCCGAGAAAUCGACAAUCAUUGCUAUCAUUGAGAAGUUCGACGACCCUUGAUGGGCAGAAAGAGCUACAACCUUAGAUGGCUGAGAUCUCAUUUCGUUGGUGAGGCAGGAGCCAAGCUUGUUUUCAGGAACUAUCCAAGUAAACAUUGCCUACGGUAAGCAGGAUGCACAAGAAUCGGAGAUAAAAAAAAUUUAUAUGCAUCUCUUGCCAAGGCUCAUGCAGUUAUCAGGUGAACAUAAUCGUACUGUCCAAAUCCUGGUUUUGAGUACUUCUGUAUACAGCUCCACAAACCUCAGGCUUCUGAUGAUGAUGCAUAUAUUUUUGGGUAUGGCGCAGCAGAUUGAGCGAGGGUUGUGGCACAUAUUGUGGAGAAAGACGAGUUCAGUUAUCCGGCGGCCAGAAACAAAGUAAGGGUGCAAUUGCCUGAGCCAUACUGAUUACUGAAGAAUCCAAAAGUCCUGCAGGAUGUAUUGCUAUUUCGUUCCACGAGCGCACCAAGCAUGUGGAGAUGGAUUGCUAUUUCGUUCGUGUGCAGUCUGCUGAUAUCCAGCCGCAAAAGGUACAUACCAGCUCCCAGUUGGCAGAUCUGUUUACCAAUGCGUUAGGCACUGAGCAAUUUCAUCACUUAUUGUCCAAGCUUGGCGUUUGUAACCUUCACGCUCCAGUUUGAGGGGGAGUAUUGGACCUGGUUGUCCGUUUCAUAUUGUUUUGGGGAUCAUUCUGUAAUUCUCCCUAUUACCUACGUUGCAUGUAAUUGGGUAUAAAAGGGUUGUGGCCGACCUCGGCAACCCUAAGGGUGAAGGAUUGCGAUUGUACUCUUCAUCAUAUAGUGAAACUUCAGCCUGAGAGCUCUGCUCUCCGCGGAUUAGUCCCGGUUUCCGGGGAUACCACGUAAAUUGACUGUUCUCUCUUUUCCGCGUUUAGAUUAUUUUACAGGAUGAGGCAAUGAGUACUGCCCUCUACACUGUCUCGGAGAACUUGGUCCAAGAGGCAUUGGAAAGAAUGGUGGCUGGCAGAACUUGCAUGAUGGUGGCUCACCGCGGCUCUCUUCAGAAUUCCGACAGCAUUGCAGUGAUCAAGAAUGGCCAAGUUGCAGAGGAAGUAUAUCACAUAAUGAGCUCAUGUCGUUAGGACAGGAAGGAGUUUUAGUCUCUCAUCAGUUGACAGAACCAGGAUAUAUACGAGCUCAUGUUCCUUAUUCACAAUUAGUUUCUUGUAACCAUGGGACAUUUUUCUAGUUCUUGAUGAACCUGAAAUUUUUAUAUGGCUUGAUCAAAUCAAAGAUUCCAACUUCGACAAAGCUGCUUCACUCCAUUAUAUCUCAUCUUCACCGUAGAAGCACCUAACCUACAAACUACCCCACUCCAGUUGUACAAUCUUUUACACAAUCGAGAGGAGAGAGAGAUAAGUGAAGUUGCAGACCUGUAACUUAUUGAUUUGGCAGGGAGAGAAUGUAAUUGGUUGGAGCUUCUGUGUUCAAUCAAGGUUGGAAUUUCUGGGUUCAAUUAAGUUUUGAGUUAAGAAUUUUUCAAAUCUUAUUUUUUCUUCGGGAAAGAAAGUUAGCAUCACAAC